UUUGGCUCAGCAUGGAGGCCGUGUCGGAUUUGUUAUGAUCGUUUCGUGUUUAUCUUGUGUUAAGCUAAUGUGCACCUGUAGUUAAGGAUGUGUGGGUGACAUGUUAAAGAUUUAAACCUCAGUUCGGGCCUAAAACAAGAGGAGAUGUGAGGAUAGAUAGUCAUGAAAUAGCAGCUGGGCGUGUUUACAGUACAGCUGUUAGUGUUAAUGCUCAGAAAACCCACCCAUCCCUUCUCCAUCACCAAUCACCCGUGGCGUUUCGAUGCCUAACGCCCCAGAAGGUCAGGGGUCAAACCUCCCCGGGCCCUCGGACCCCCCCUCUGUGCGUCAGAGGCCCCUGGACACAGAGGACGAGGAGAACCGCAGCCUGAUGAUGACAAGGGAAGCUGCGAUAGUUCGGAGAGCCUCCAGCGCCGAAAUCCACUGGACCUGCCCCGUCACUCACUCCAGGGAGAAGUUCUACACCGUGUGCUCCGACUACGCUCUGCUGAACCAGGCGCCGUCCGUGUACCGGCCCGCGGACAUCUCCAACAUCUCCAACACCUCCAACAUCUCCAACGUCUCCAACAUCGCCAACACCUCCAACAUCUCCAACAUCUCCAACAUCUCCAACAUCUCCAACAUCUCCAACAUCUCCAACAUCUCCAACAUCUCCAACUCCAACCUGCAGGACGGGAAGCCCAAACCUGAGGAGGAGUUCUGCGCCGGCCCCUCGGAUGCUGCGGGGUCCGAUGGAGACGGAGACGGAGACAUGGUGGAAGUGUUGUCCAAACCUAUCCUGGCUUGGGAGAUAGACACCACGGACUUCAACGCUGUGCUCACUAGAAAAAUACGAACAAGUAACGUGAAGAAGAGCAGCUCAAAGAAGAUGAAGUCCUCAGACAGACAGAGCAGGAACCUGCAGGACGUCGCUCCUCACGCCUCGCAGGAGGACAUCAAGCAGAGGAAAGUGCUCGACCUCAGGAGAUG